AUGUACUGUGCCACGACACGAAAAGGGGUGGACGACACUUCUUCGGUGCGGCUGGAAAGAGUGGCUUUCGAUAAAGGGUUAGAUGAACUGGCGCAGAAAGGGUUUACGGUGGAAGGGAUCAUCUCCGACCAAGGGACUACUUUUCGUGGGGCAGCGUCCGAAAGGGGGUUGAACCACCAGGUGGACUGGUGGCAUGUGAAGCGGACUCUUUACAAGUUGUUUCUGAAAGAACUUCAGGAUGCGGUCCGUGCACCAGUGGCUGUGGACAAGGCGACCUGUAUUGAGGAUCUAUGGCUUGCGACUAUCGAUGGGCUACGGCAAUGGAUGACAGCACGGGGGUUGGAGAAAGAGUCGAAAGCUUCACUGAAAGGGGACUUGGUGGAAGCCGUUUGUAAAGCCAUGGGCACGAUUGUUUACAGGAAGAUGACCCCGGAAGAGGCGAAAUGGAAGUUUCCCGAGCUAAGAAAUGUGGUGCGGAUGGGGGGGGAGUGUAGCCCGGUGGAGGUGCCUGUGACCUACGGUGAGGUGCCUGGUGCUUCUGAUGCGGAUGUGCGGGAGAGGGAUGAGCGAGCUGAGCGGGCUGCCGUGGACAUGCCGACACCGGAGGAGCGGAACGUUGACGCUCAGUGGGAAGACGUGGAGGAGCUAUGGAGUUAUGAUGUGCACCCGACGCAGGGUGCGCGACCGACAUCUUUGGCGAGCACCCUCAUCAUGCUUGCGCACGCGGGCGCGAACGGAAACUCCCAUUUCAUCGGUGGAUCCACUCCUUGGGCCAACACCGACACGGAGACUGGUUACCACUGUAAGAGGGAUAAGGCGGAAUUGCCAUCGGAUCAAGGGGAUGAUGUGGCAGACGCAGUGAUAAAAGAUGCGGAGGAGUGGAGCGACGGUAGUGAUGAGUGGUGGGUAGCAGGCCGCUAUGACGGGCAGGAAGUGGAUGUGUGGGUGGCAGGCCAGGAUGAGUGA